UCCACCUUCAUCUCCGCGGAUCUAGAAAAAAUGUCACUAUAACCUAAUUUUUCUGCAGAUUUCUUCUUCUUUCAAACUCAUCAUUCAAAAUGCAGUCAACUAAAUCCAGAAGAAAAAUCACACCGAUCACAAACACCACCACCGCCAUCAACAACAACAAAGCGAUCAUCAACAGCAACGGUGCCGGAGCAGCAGCAGCAGCAGAUUCAGAAAAACUCGACGAGCUUUUACUCUUUUCAGCAAUCUGUAACGGUGAAGAUUUAGCAUCGUUCGUUCGUAAAGCAUUUAUCUCAGGUAAACCAGAAACACUCUUAUCACGUCUCCGAUCAUUCACUAAAUCAAAAGAAUCGGAAAUCGAAGAAGUAUGUAAAAUCCAUUACCAAGAUUUUAUUACAGCAGUUGAUGAAUUAAAGUCAUUAUUAUCAGAUGUUGAUAAAUUGAAAUCAUCGUUAUCAGCUUCAAAUAAUCAAUUACAUUCUGUUGCAUCACCAUUACUGGAUUCAUUGGAUUCGUUUAUUGAAUCUAAGAAUGUUAGUAAGAAUGUGAGCUUAGCGAUUGAGUCUGUUCAGAUCUGUAUUAAAUUAUUAGAAAAUUGUGGCAGGACUAAUUCACAUUUGUUGAGUAAUAAUUAUUAUAUGGUUUUGAAAUGUGUUGAUAAUAUUGAAAGAGAUUAUUUGGGUAAGAUUGAUUCGUCGACUAUAAAGUGUAUGUUAGAGAGACAGAUACCGUUGAUUAGAGGGUAUAUUGAGAAAAGAGUUAAUAAAGAGUUUGGAGACUGGCUUGUUGAGAUUAGAAUUGUUAGUAGGAAUUUAGGGCAGUUGGCGAUUGGACAAGCGUCUUCGGCUAGGCAGAGAGAGGAGGAGUUAAGGAUUAAACAGCGGCAAGCGGAAGAGCAGAGUAGAUUAAGUUUGAGAGAUUGUGUUUAUGCUUUAGAAGAAGAAGAUGAUGACGAAGAUGUUGGUAAUGUAGGAGGUGAUGAUAGUGGGAGUGACAAGUUGGUGAGUAAUGGUGGUGGUGGCGGGAUGUUAGGUUUUGAUUUGACUCCGUUGUAUAGAGCGUAUCAUAUUCAUCAGACACUUGGUUUGGAGGAGAGAUUUAAGCAUUAUUAUUUUGAGAAUCGGAAGCUUCAGUUAACAUCAGAUUUUCAGGUAUCGUCAAUGACGCCUUUUCUCGAGUCACAUCAGACUUUUUUCGCUCAGAUUGCUGGUUUCUUUAUUGUAGAAGAUCGGGUUUUGAGAACAGGUGGCGGGUUGAUUUCGAAAUAUGAAGUGGAGAACUUAUGGGAAACUGCGGUAAUCAAAAUGUGUUCUGUUUUAGAAGAUCAAUUCUCUAGAAUGCAAACGGCAAAUCAUCUAUUGCUAAUUAAAGACUAUGUUAGUUUACUUGGAGUGACACUGCGCCGAUAUGGAUACUUAGUUGAUCCACUGCUCGAUGUAUUGAGUAAACACAGAGACAAAUACCAUGAACUCUUACUGUCUGAUUGUCGAAAGUUGAUUGCAGAAGCAGUUUCUGCUGAUGGGUUUGAGCAGAUGCUAAUGAAGAAAGAAUACGAGUACUCGAUGAAUGUGUUAUCAUUUCAGAUACAAACCUCUGAUAUAACCCCUGCGUUUCCCUACAUUGCACCGUUUUCUUCCAUGGUGCCAGACUGUUGCCGUCUUGUUCGAUCCUUUAUUGAAGAUUCUGUAAGUUUCAUGUCCUAUGGUGGACAAUUAGAUUUCCAUGAUGUGGUUAAGAAGUAUUUGGAUCGGCUUCUAGGUGAGGUUUUGGAUGAGGCGUUACUAAAUAUUGUAAAAUCGAAUGUUCAUGGGGUAUCCCAAGCUAUGCAAGUUGCUGCUAACAUGGUGGUUCUGGAACGAGCUUGUGAUUUCUUCUUCCGUCAUGCUGCACAACUUUCUGGAAUACCUUUGAGAAUCACUGAGAUUAAGAAAAGUAAAUUUCCGUUGACUAGCUCCCGUGAUGCAGCUGAAUCAAUGCUUUCAGGUCUUCUUAAAACUAAGGUUAAUGGGUUCAUGGCAUUAACAAAGAAUAUUAAUUGGAUGGCUGAUGAAGCUCCACCUAACGGAAAUGAAUAUGUUAAUGAAGUGAUUGUAUAUCUCGAAACACUGGUUUCUACUGCUCAACAGAUAUUACCGGUUCAAGUACUUCAUCGUGUUCUACAAGAAGUUCUGUCUCACAUAUCAGAGAAGAUUUUAGGGAUCUUGGCUGGGGAUUUGGUGAAGAGGUUUAGUAUAAAUGCUGUUAUGGGGAUUGAUGUGGAUAUACAAUUACUGGAGUCAUUUGCAGAAAACCAAUCUAAUCUCUUUACAGAUGUGGAAUCGAAUCAAUUGAAGUCUGCAUUGGUUGAGUCUAGGCAAAUGAUUAAUUUGCUUUUAAGCAAUCAAGCAGAGAAUUUUCUGAAUCCAGUGAUCAGGGAGAGGAGUUACAAAGCUUUAGAUUACAGGAAAGUGGUAACAAUAGCUGAGAAAUUAAAAGAUCCUUCAGAUCGAUAUUUUGGAAGCUUUGCAGGAAGGGGAGCAAAGGUGAAUACAAAGAAGAAAUCGUUGGAUGCUUUGAUAAAGAGACUUAAAGAAGCACACUGACACAUAACUGUACCCAUAAGGAGUUUUGGCUUACCUUCUAGUUUCUUUGUUUUCAGGUUUGCUAACUUUGCUUACCAGUUUUCUUCAGAGUCUGUUGUUUGUAUCAGGUUGUAACACAAGCAUUCUAAUAGCUGUGUAUCGUAUGUAACUGUUUUGUUUACAUUUUUGGUUUCUGCUGAAACUUACAAGCUACAUUACUUCAAUACAACUUUUAAAAGUUUUACUGAAGGACUGUAAUAAUUGUAGCACUUAAUUUUAUUUACUUCACUUUUGCAUUUUGUUUAA